AAUGUCGUUUGAAAUAUGUCGUCUAACUCUUUCGUAUGUACAGGAUAUAUGAUAUAUACAGGAGCCCAUCGCGACAUCUUGUAUGGUAGGUGAAAAUGUAGUGAAUGAAAGAGAGAAGCCAAAUCAAAUUACACCAAAUUAGAUUAGACAGUAUGGCUAAAAGAAAGCAAUCCAAGGAGAUAGAGACCAGAAGAAAGCGUGCUCGUGAACAACUGGACGCACAGUUGGCAUCUGGUUCUGGUGUAUUUGGUGCAGCAAAGCAGCAACAAGGAAAUGAAGAUUGGGAAAAUGAAGAACAAGACUAUGAAUUGAGACCACGUACCGCUGCUGCUAAAGUUGUAGAAGGAUUACCGAUCAAGAGAGCUGAUGGUAAGAUCGAACGUGUUAUGAGGGAAGAACAAAAGGAAGCAGAAGCAGCUCAAGAAGUUGCAGCUCAAGAAGUUGAACAACCAGUGGUUGAAGAAGAAGAAGAACAAGAAGAGGAAGUUGAUGAAGACGCCCACCUUUCUCCACAAGAAAAGCUUUUCAAGCUCAAGGAAGAAAUCGCUGACUUGGCUUCAAGUUUGAUCGAAGAUCCAGAGUCAAACAUUGCUAACCUUACUAGAUUGAGAAAAAUGUCAUCUUCUCGUAACCCAGUGACAUGUCAAUUAUCCAUUAUGGCCCUUAUACCUGUAUUCAAGUCUCUUGCUCCAUCUUAUAAAAUCAGACCACUUACUGAUGCAGAGAAAAGAGAAAAGGUAUCCAAGGAUGUCGCUAAGCUUCGUCAGUUCGAACAAUCCCUUGUGGGAAAUUAUACUGAAUAUGUGAAUCAUUUGGGCCAAUUAGCCAAAGUUUCAUUUACAAACUCUAUUAAUAAUAAAAAAAUCACCCCAGAGCAAGUGAAAAUGGGUCAAUUAGCAACAAAGGCAGCCUGUGAAUUAAGUUUGUCAUCGUUACGUCAUUUCAACUUCAGAGCUGAAGUUUUCAGCAUUGUGAUACGUCGUCUUAACAGAAAACCCGCACAUCCAGAGGAUUUACAAGUGUUUACCAAAUGUUUAAGAGUAUUGGAAACAUUGUUGAAAGAUGAUGAAGAAAAUGGGGACAUUUCCUUUGAUGUGUGUAGAAUUCUCUGUAAAUCCGUUAGAGAUAAGAAAUUCAGAGUUGAUGAAUCUGUGAUCAAUGUUUUCCUUUCCCUUUCAGUGUUGGCAGAUUAUGAUCCACAUGCAAACAAAGAUGAAAGUAAGCCUAAACUCAAGAAAAAGGAUAGAGUUCAUUUGUCUAAGAAGGAAAGAAAGGCUAGAAAAGAACGUAAGGAAAUUGAUGAAGAAAUGCGUAAGGCUGAACAGGCAUUAACAAUCGAAGAAAGAGAAAAAUUCCAGGCUCAGAUCUUGAAGAUGUUAUUGAUGUUGUACUUGGAAAUCUUACGUUCAGGUAGUAGUGCCACAUCAGAAGAUGGGUCUCAUUUGAUGGCACCAGUUCUUGAAGGACUUGCUAGAUUUGGACAAAUGGCCAACUUUGACUUACUUGGAGAUUUCCUUGAAGUCUUGCGUGAGAUCAUGUUGGAUAGCAUGGCUGAACAUGCCAUCGAUAGUGAAGAAGUUGGUGAUGAAUUUGGGGGGAUCUUCGAUGGUCAACAAGUCCGUACAAUUUUGCUUUGUAUAGUAACAGCAUUUUCUCUUGUCACAAACCAUGCAUCUACAGGAAGACUCCCUAUGAGUAUCGACUUGUCUAAAUUUGUUACUACACUCUAUGGAAUAAUUGCGGACUUAUCUCUUGAUUGUGACCUUGAGUUCUCUCACAAAUCCUUAAGACUUGCUGAUCCAUUAUCUAUUCAUAACGAACAAGAAAAGCCAUCUGUGAAUGUUUCCACAAAGGCAGAAUUGCUUUUAAGAUGUUUAGAUUUUGUGUUUUUCAGAACCAAAAACGGUACUUUACCUAGAGCUACUUCUUUCACGAAAAGAUUAUAUGUGGCACUUCUUCAAACCCCAGAAAAGACUUCCCUUGCUACCCUCAAAUUUAUUGGAAAGCUUACUAGUAGAUACGACGAGAGUCUUAAGGGUCUCUGGAACACCGAAGAAAGAAUUAGUGGAGAAGGUUCCUAUGUUCUUGGAACUGAAAGAGUAUCUCUCAAAGAGGUUGAACUUGAACGUAGUAAUGCCGGAGCUGCUACUCUUUGGGAAACUGUACUUCUUGACAAGCAUUAUUGUCCUAUGGUUAAGUACGGUGCUCGUUCAUUGAUGAAGAACAGUAAACCAAAGGCUGCAUAAGUACAUAUCAUUUAAUACACAAC